UUCUGAGCUGUUAAAUGUUUCUUUUCACGAUACUUCGCAAACAGUAUGCAUUUGUUGCAAGUGUUUUCUUCUGGUUCACACUUGUAUUUUACUUCUAUUCCUUCCGUGUUUGCGACCUCGUAUGUGGUAGAAACGCAAGUAACAACCAUACUGUAUGCUGUGCAUCCAUCGCUGGUGGAUUGGUUCUAACUGUUGGAUCAGCCGUCGCAACUCUUUGGCGUUAUCUGCCCACCCCAUCAAGACCCUUUUUAGAAUGUAUCCUGUCACUUGUUGGGACUAUGCCCGGUGGAUUCACUUCUUACGCUCUCGUGAAAGUGCUAGUCUACGCCGAAACCAUCCAGCUGUUGUGCCAUAUCAGAGAACUAUCUCUUAUGCCAAUAACGAUAGCAGCGUGUUUGAAAAACGAAACAAUCCACUCUUCGCAAUUAAUUCAAAACAGUUCAAUUUUUAAACAAGAGCACAUGAAUCACGUGAGUACAGGCGUCACCGACAUCAUAGCUAAAUUCAACGAAGUCAAUGGAACUCAAAGCCAAUUCCGGAAUGCUGUAGAAAUCGGAUACAGAUGGUUGGAGAGCAGAGGCUUCGGUUGCCAACAAGUCUUGACGAGGCCUUUCGCACUGUGUUUAAACGCUACGAAAGAAGCCAAGAAAGAUUGCCUCUUAAAAGGUGCAGAAGCGCUCUGCGAUGUCGUGGACAUUUCUGAAGAAAUUUGCUGGAAAUUGAUGACGUUGAGCAAAGGUCCGUGCCAACAUUUAGGGCCGGAUAGAAUCACUGAAAUGUUAACGAGUUUUCGUCAGCGGCUGGGCAAUUUGGCAAGUGGAGUCAUUCGAAUGCGUGUGGGCAUCUUGUUCGAACUUCACGUCACUUCUAAUGUAGGAGACAAGUUAAGCAAAGCAUGGACUCGUAUUUUGGAAAGUCUUCGUGAUACAGGCGAACUUAUCCGUGUGACGUAUGACAUUACCAUCAACUACGUUCUGAAAUUAGUGGCAAUAGCUGGACUGAUAGCCUGGCCAGUCAGCUAUCUUUGUUACUAUGUUUGUGGUCCACUUUCAUUCGAUAACUUUUAUAUUACCAAAGCAGAGUACUUGGAAAUUCAUGGACAAGAAGAGAUUGUAGAGAAAGACGAACUGCAGAUUGUUCCAGCAUGGAUCCCGACGCUGAAAGAAACAAUUCGAAUGCUAUGGGAUGUAUUCUUUGCGGCAGACCAAUUGAUUAUUGUGGCUUUUCUUUUGGUCGAUUUUUAUUAUACAAAUUGGAUCAAUGAUCUUCACGUGAAAUGGUUGGGAAUGUUCCAAAACUUCCGAUCUAACGUGUUCGAAAAAAUUGGGCAGUCUAACGAGACGACGGGAGUUGGAUUCAUCGGAGAGAUGGUUGUCCAACAGCUGGAAAAAUUGCAAGAAGCCAUUGGCUUCGAUCGUCUAUUGUCUUGCUUCCGUCCAGCUCCACCAGCCACUUACUCCCGAAACAUUUUCUUUAUAGCCCUGGCUCAGAAGGCAUUGUACAUUUUCGUUCAAACCAAAUUGCGUUACAUCCCUUCGUUUAUUUGUGCCAGAUUCUACCGUCGCAGACAUUACCUGCGAAUGUCCUACCUCAAAGCAAAAAUCAUGCUGAGGCCUCCUGCUCAAUCACGUUAUCCCGUUUCACGUUGUCGUUUUACAUCGUAUUUGAGGCGAAAGCUAUCCGCACUGCUCGUCAGAUUACGAAACCCAAUCCGUAAAACUUCUCAUGUUUAG